AUGGAUUUAGAGGAGGAGUCUGCUUCUGAAGAGGCGGUGGUGGAGUCCGAGGAGGAGUCCGAUUCAGGUGUGGCAAACCUGGCUCUAGCUUCGGCUUACAUUGCCAAGUCCAUCUUCAACACCGAAGACAAUGGCCUCGUCGCCAACGCUGAUGCUGAUGAUGAGGAUGACUCCGCUCCUACCUACUACUUCAUGUUACUUGGUGCCAAGCAAGACGAGAGACGCAUGAAGAAGCUUAGAAGUUCCCAGCAGCAAGUACACAAUCCUAAGCCUAUGCCGGAUCUCCCGGAUUAUCUAAUACCAAGACUAAAUAUGCGAUUCCAAGAUGUAGAGAAAGCAAGGGAAUUUUAUAACAAAUACGCCAGACACGCUGGUUUUGGAAUUAGGAAGAUGGGAGGGAAUGACAACCACAAGUAUUUUGUUUGCGUGUUCCAAGGGAAACACACAAAUUAUGUUUCAGAGGCUAACAGGAAGCGAAACAAAACAUCGCAGAGGACAGGCUGCAAUGCAAGAAUGAGGGUGAAGGUGCAGGAGGAUAACACAUGUGUGGCAGUGGACAUUGAGUACAAUCAUAAUCACCAACUCAUGCAAACUGAUGACAUGCUGGUAUUCUUGCACUCACACAAGAAUUAUGACCCCACUAUUCUGGAGAAAGCCAUGAAUGCCAAGAAAGAUGAUUUGGAUGAUGUAUUGAAACUCUUAUCAUUCUUCAGAGACAUGAAGGCAAUCAAUGAUGAGUUUUUCUAUGACAUACAAGUAGACAAGGACAAAGACGAAGAUGCAAAGUCAUUCAAGUGGUUGUUCGAUACAUUUGUACGGUGCAUGAACAACAAGCACCCAACUUGCAUUCUAACAGACCAGUGCCCUUCGAUGGUGAAAGCUAUACCACAAUCAUUCCCAAACACCGUCCACAAGCUAUGUCAUUGGCACAUCCUGAAGAAGUACAAGGAAUACCUCACAUUGAUGUACAAAAAGUAUAAAACAUUCAAAGAGGAGUUCACAGCUAUAUUAAACUGGUCACUGAUGCCAACGGAGUUUGAAGCUGCCUGGGCUGAACUCGUGCACAAGUACAGCCUGGAGAACGACCAGAUGAUGAUGCAGCUGUGGAGUGAUAGGAAAAUGUGGAUUUCAGCAUAUUACAAGAACAUUUUCUGUGCUAGAAUGACUUCAGCACAGCGAAGCGAGAGCAUGAAUCACGUGCUCAAGAAAGGGUUUGUCAUGGGGACCCAGAAGCUACACAUGUUUGCUAGGCGGACCAAUCCUGUGACAAAAACAACCUAUGGCUACGAGGAAGACAUGGCUAUCAAGUACACAAGAGCCGUGUACACCGAGAUGAGGACUAGGAUGAGAAAAGCCACGUUAUUUCAUGCAAAGCCUACGGCAGAGCCCACUAAGUACCUUGUGUACUACCACAACAAGGCUGGCCAUGAUGAUGAAAACAGAUUUGCCUGGUGA